AUGCUUCGAAGCUUAAACCACACAAUUAUCAUCCUGAUUCCUAAGGUGAAGAACCCAACCCAUGUGACUCAUUUUCGUCCUAUAAGCCUUUGCAAUGUUGUCUACAAAAUUUUCUCUAAGGUUAUUGCUAAUCAUCUGCGGCCUCUGAUGCAUAUUGUUAUUUCGGAUCACCAAUCCGCCUUUAUGCCUAACCGGGUUAUUCACCAGAAUAUUCUGCUGGGUCAUGAAUUCAUACAUUAUCUGAAGUCUAAGAAAGAAGGGAAGAAGGGAUUCCUGGCAUUCAAACUGGAUAUGGAGAAAGCAUAUGAUCGUAUUGAGUGGCAAUUUUUAGAAGAGGGCCUGAGUCUCAUGUUGAAAAAUGCUGGGAGGAUCGAUCUUGUUCAGGGGGUGCGGAUUGGGAGAGGUGUCCCUUCUGUCAGUCAUAUGCUCUUUACGGAUGAUGCAAUCUUGUUUUGUCAAGCCGAGAUUGAUGAAGCCUCCAAUCUUAUAGGGGUGCUCAAUCAUUAUUCCCUCUUAUCAGGUCAGAGAAUUAAUUUCUCUAAAUCUGGCGUAUUUUUUAGUCCCAACACAGAUCGGUAUAAACGCUCCCAGAUUCGAAGUAUAUUGCAGGUUCGUGACUCGGGGUGGGCAAAUAGAUAUUUGGGGCUACGCUCAAUGCUCCAAAGAUCCAAAACAGAAUCAUUUAAAUUUUUGUUGGAUAAGAUGGAAGCAAAGUUCAAAGUUAUCAAGGGUGAUUUCCAUUCCCGGGCAGGGCGAGAGGUUAUGAUUAAAUCCGUCCUUGCUGCUCUCCCUACUUUUUCCCUUCAGAGUUUCAGAAUUCCCAUUUCUACAGCAAAAACUAUCUCUGAUAAACUUCGUCUGUUUUGGUGGAGUGGGAAGAUGGAAGGUAAAUAUUUUUCUGAUUCGUCGUUCCUGGAAUCUCGUUGCCCAUCUAAUGCUUCAUGGGGUUGGCGAAGCAUCUUUGCUAAGAAGAAGAUUUUACAGAGAGCUCUUUUAUGGAGGGUGGGUAAUGGUUCAUCAAUCAACAUAUGGAAGGACAAUUGGCUGCCCGACGCGUUUUGCCCCAAAGUUUCUUCCUCCCUGUCAAAUCAUCCAUUUCAGAAGGUUGAAAAGUUGUUGGUUCAGAACAGGACUUCUUGGAAUAGUGUCCUUAUUCGCCAGUUUUUCAACACGAGGUACUUUAAUCUCAUCCAUCAAAUUCCUCUUAGUCUCUCCGGCGAGGCGGAUCGCAUUUCUUGGGGUCCUUCCCCAAAUGGGAAUUUCUCUGUUAAAUCGGCAUAUAAGUUUCUUCGAAUGGGGAGGGCUCCGACUUCCUCCACCCUUCUUCAAGUCAUGUUCAAGAACGAAAUGGCAUGUGGAAAGCCAUUUGGCGAAUUAAAGUUCCACGUAAAAUUCUUUUCUUUCUCUAGCAAUGUUGUUACGAACGCAUUCCCGUCUGGGCUAACCUUCAUGCUCGAGGUGUUCAAGUUGAUCCUUCUUGUUAUUUUAGUGGAGAAGAGGAGGAAUCAGUUUGCCAUCUCCUUUUUCGCUGCCACUUAUCUCAGUUGUAAUCAUACUGUUGAGUUGAGCAACCUUGGAGCUUUGUUGUGUUGGCAUAUAUGGAAGGCGCGAAAUGAUGGGGUCUUCAAGAAUAUUCGUCGGGACGCAGCCGAAGUGGUUUCUCUGGCGGUUUCUGAUCUCUCAGAAUUUCACGCCAUUUCUAAGUUUAAAAUUGCUUCCUUGUUUUUUCGUCAUGUGAGUAAUGUGGAGUUGGCUGAAGCUUUGGUGCUUCGGGAGAGUUUGAAGCUUGCUCAAGCUUGGGGUUACUCUAAAGUUAUUUUUGAAGGGGACUGCAGAUCGGUGAUGUCUUUAAAGCCUAAUUCUAUUUUUGUUUCUGUUGUUUUGGAAGACAUUGCUUCCAUUCUUAGUGUCAUGGAGGGAUGCAGUCUUUCUUGGGUUCCUCACUCUUGUAACAGUGUUGCUCCACACUCUUUAGCUCAUCGAGCCUUGAAGUGCAGGAGUUCUGAUCUGGUUUGGGAUGUGUGGCCAACUUGGCUCCUUUCAUCCAUUCAGAAGGACCUUGGGGUGGUGUGA